AUGUCUUACGACACUUACGUCCCCACAGUGUUUGAGAACUACACGGCCUGUCUGGAGCUGGAGGACCAGCGUGUUGAGCUCAGCCUUUGGGACACAUCAGGUUCUCCAUACUACGACAACGUCAGACCCCUCUGUUACAGCGACUCAGAUGCAGUGCUCUUAUGCUUCGACAUCAGCCGACCAGACACAGUGGACAGUGCCCUGAAGAAGUGGAAAGCAGAGAUCCAGGACUUCUGUCCUAGCACACGGAUCCUAUUAAUAGGCUGCAAGACAGACCUGCGCACAGACGUAUGCACGCGCAUGGAGCUGUCCAAUCAGAAACAGACUCCCAUCUCCCAUGAACAGGGUUCGUCCUUGGCCAAGCAGCUUGGAGCAGAAGCUUACCUGGAGUGCUCAGCCUUCACAUCAGAGAAGAGCAUCCACAGUGUUUUCCGUACCGCGGCGCUGGCCUGCAUGAACAAACUCCAGGCUGCCAAUAAACCCAGCCCUGUGCGCCGCCUCUCCAAGAGACUCCUUCACCUGCCCAGCAAGACAGAGUUGCUGUCCUCCACCUUCAGCAAGGACAAGUCCAAGAGCUGCUCCAUCAUGUGAAUACUGCUGAGAUCACACAGGGCAAAGACAAGCAGGUGGUGUCAGUGUGGGGUCUGUAAGGGAAAGAGAGCAUUUCUAAAAGCGUCUCUCUCCUUUGCAACAUCCCAAACUCCACGUCAACGACUUAAAAAAAAAAUGUGACACUCUCUAUAUUCAACCCUGACACUGAACUUUUGAUCAUGACACAUCACCAGCACACAGUGCAGAGGCAGAGUGAAAAAUGUUUGAUGUUGAAAAUAUUUCUGAUCUAUUAAAUAUGUACAAAGAGAGAGCAUAACAGGCGCUUUAAGGCCUGUUAUACUCCUCACAUAAAGGUUGCUGCGAGAGCUCCAAUAAGGUCAGUCCCUCCUCUUCUCAGAGAGGCUGUAAACACUGCAUUUGACUGCAUUACCCUCAUUUGAAAUUCUGAUAGCGGUGCCCUUUCCCAUCCAUCUCUUUAUCCGAAUGUCUCUUUAAGGUCACGGUAUGGGCUGAGCAACGAGAUGAAAUGUAAAAUCUGACAGUGACAGGAAGUGGUACCUACAGAAAUGCGGCUUGGGGAAUUUAAAACAGCAGCCAUGGAAGGAAUUAUUCCCCCCGCUGACCCCUCACAGUAUUUCAUUUGGAAAUUAAAGCUGACAGUGGAGAAUAAAGGGGUAGAGAAGGGAGGGAUUUGGCAACGCAGAGUGUUCGUUUGCAAAGGCAGACGGAGGACGAACGGAGAGCACAUCUGAAGGAGCGCAGUGUGACUCAGCACUCACAUGAGCCACAAAACAGUGGAGGGGUGGACACGCUGGGACAAAAACAAACACAAAAUCCCGGGCCGUGUAAAGCGUCUUGAGCAUGUUUUUGUCAGAUCUUCUUUCAUCACCACAGCAGUCUUUAAUUGUUCAGUGUUAUUUGUCAUACGGCUUGAUUUUAGUGAUGUUCCAUUAAUGAUGCAUCAUCUCACUGUUUCCCUUUGAGCAGCUUAAUGGAUACCAGCUUUUCAUCCAGCAAAAAUUCAUUUUUUCUUGGUCUUUGAAAGAUAAAACAUAAAAGAUUUAUGUUUUUGUUCCAAAAGGAGUCUUAGAAGUUUUUGUUUUUUAAUCCACUGCCUCGUGGAUAUUUAAAUAGUCCUCAACUUUUAACUUUGUGGACUAUAAACAUGUAAUGUGGACCUAGUUCUGGGUUAAGCUGAAUAAUGUUAAAGGGACAGUUUGUUUUGAAAUCAAAUGUAUAUAUUUUUUCCUCCUACCUGUGGUGCUAUUUAUCAAUCUAGACUGUUGUGGUGUGAGUUGCUGGGUGUUGGAGAUAACAGCAUUUUCUGCAGUAUAAUUGAACUAGAUGGCUUGUGGUGCUCAAAGCGCCAAAAAAUACACUUGAAAAAUUCAACAGCAAUGUCUCUUUACAGUAAUCGUGA